AUGAAAUCAUUUUUGUCUACUAUAAGUCCUACAUCAUUAAGAUCCUCAUUAUUGAAUACUAAUCAAUCCAAUGUUAAAUUAAUUGAUGCUACUUGGUUUAUGCCAAAUUCUCCUCGAAAUGCAAUUAAAGAAUUUAAACAAAUUAGAUUACCAAAUUCAAAAUAUUUCAAUCUUGAUAAAUAUAUAGAUGAAGAAAGUAAAUAUCCUCACAUGUUACCAAAAUUGAGUGUCAUGAAUAAAGCGUUUUCAGAAUUGGGAGUCUCCAAAAUUGAUAUUUUGGUGGUUUAUGAUAAAUCUGGAAUUUUUUCAAGUCCAAGAGCAGCAUGGCAAUUCUCAUUAUAUGGACAUCCAAAAGUUUAUCUAUUAGAUAAUUAUCUAAGUUAUUUGAAAUGUGAGUAUCCAGUUGAGGAAACUGAAGUGCAAGAAAUAAAGCAAGAAAAUUCAAAAUAUGAAGGUAUUUCUGAAUUUGAAUUUAAUAAAAAUUAUUCAGAUCAAGUAAUUGAGUACGAAGAGUUGAUAGAUUUGGUGAAAAAUAAUCAAACUGAUAAUUAUACAAUUAUAGAUGCUAGAUCUAAAGAACGAUUUUCUGGUGAAGCACCGGAACCUAGACCUGGAUUGUCUUCUGGUCAUGUUCCAAAUGCUAAAAAUUUACCUUUUACAAAUGUUUUAACUGGAGAUGAUCUAAAAAAUUUCAAAUCUUCUGAUGAAAUUGUAAAAGAAUUUGAAAAUGCUGGCAUUGAUUUAAAUAAGGAUAUAAUUGUUAUGUGUGGAACUGGAGUUACUGCUGUUAUACUAAAAUUUGCAAUUGAAAAAAUUAAGAAAGACGCUAAAAUCAGAGUUUACGAUGGUUCAUGGACAGAAUACGCAAGUAGAGCACCAAAAGAGUAUAUAAUCAAGGAUAAUUAA